UGAACAUAGAAAUCAAGGCUUUUAUUUUAAAGUGAAUUCUUGCAAGAGUGGGAAGCUGAUUUUUUUCAACCCCACCCCACCCCCUUACCGACUCUUGAAGGAAUAACAGGUGAAGGAUUCGCUGGUGAAAGUGGUGGGACUUGCUCAUGACUUUGGUUCUGAGGAGCUCCUCAGUGGGUCGGGAGUUGUGGAUCAGGGGCUCCCGGGAAUGAGGCACUCGAUCCCUGGGAUAAAAGCAGAAAAACAAAACAAAAAACAAAACUGCGGAUGCUGGAAAUCCAAAAACAGAAAUAUAGAUUUAAAAAAAAUACCGGACACCCGAUCCUGGAUUUGCCACACCUCCAACAACUGCUGAUGCUGAUGCUCGUUCUCUCUCCAGGGCUGGAGUGCUGGGAAGUCAUGGAUGAGCCUUUGGUGCAAACGGACAAGGGCAACCCGGGGGCUCGGGGACCUUGCGGUCAGUCCCCUGGGCCAGGAACCUGGCAGCUGACAGAGCUGGUCAGAGAUUUUGCGGAUACCCUGGGCCAGUUUAAGGAUGCUCUACACAUGGCGGCCGAUGUCCCUGCCGAUCAGGAGCUGGUACAGGAGAGGCUAGCCACCAUGCUGAUGGCUCUGCAACUCAUCAUUGGCCGCUACCCCUCGCUGAAUCCCAACAACUCCAUCCUGGAGACGGCCGCCACCGUGGCGAAUAUGGUGAACGGUCUGAAUGCUCAAGUCGAAGGAAAUGAAAAGCCAAGACGUUACAGUGAAAUAUUCCGGGAGCUGGACGCGCUAGAAAUUUCCUUCGGAAACUCCACAGUCGACCUCUUCAUGACGGAAGCAGAGAACAGCUUCAUUUCCCCAGACCCAUCUCCAGACGAAGAGAUCCUGGUGAACGAGGAUUUCUACUCAGAAUGUCGGGAUCACCUGAUCGAGCAGCGGGAUGAAUUCCAAACUUCUGAGGAAGAAGCCGAUGAAAUGCUGGUGAAGUGUGAAAGAGGUGUCGAUUCAGCCCUGCAGUACGCCAAACUCUGGGCCAAGUAUACAAAGGAGCUGCUGUCAUGGAUGGAGAGGCGGAUCGCUGCGGAGAUUGAAUUCUCGAAGAACAUAACUAGGAUGGCUGAAGUGACUAAGGGUUUGAUCAGCCAUGAGAAAUUCAUGCCUUUUCGAUACAUCUAUACAAUGGCCCUUCAGCAUGACAUCCAACAUGGACAGAGGAUAAUUAAUACCAGGAAUUCAUUGCAGCACAAUAAAUACAUUCAGCCUUUGAUGUCAAGAAAAAACGAACUGGAGAAGCAAAGACGGGACUUUAAGGAGCAAUGGCAGAAGGAGCAACGUAAGAUGAACGACGCACUGACAGCACUGAGGAAGUCAAAACAGAUGUACCAUCAGCGCUGCGAGGAUCUUGAAAAGGCGAAACUGCAGAGUGCCAAGGCUGAGGGAGAGCAGCAAUCGCUGAGCGUGAGUGGUGCUAACCCAGGCAGCGCCAGCAAGCAGCUGGAGAAACGCAGGAGGUCAAAGGACGAGGCACAAUCGAAGGUUCAAGAUGCUGAGAUCUAUUACAGAAACUGUGUUUGCGAGGCCAACCUCAGACACAAGGAUCUGGAGGCAAUGAAAGUGAAGAUCAUCACACAGCUCCAUAAACUCAUUGACCAGGGCGACCUCAUACUGAAAGAGGUCUCUGUGAACCUGUUCCAAAUGCAGCAGGAGCAGGCCGAACAGCUGCCACUUGCCUUUCACUCCCUGCAUGAGACUAUCAAACCUUAUGAGCCCGGCCAGAAAUAUCUUGAGUUUAUUCAAAGCCUGAACAAGAAGAUGCUGCCUGUGGAGAUCUAUGAAUUCGAGGAGUUUGCUACCCCCAGCAGAAGGUCCUCCCCUACUGGAAGAAGAAGAAGUGGUGCCAUAUUAAUCCAUCGAUCGUCAGCAUCCUCUGGUGACUUGCUGAACAUCACAGAUGAUUGUGAAAACAAACUCAUGUUUCGUAACGCAGCCGGGUCUAAGCCUGCCUUAAGUGAUUCAGAAAGCACUGGAGUCAGCAGUGAGUCACGUUCUUUCGAUUCCCCGAUGUCCAGUCCAGCUCAUUUCGGUAGGAAAUUACCAAAAGCCACACCUUCAUUGAUGUCUCCAGACGAUUUUGAAGAGAGGGAUGGGAACCAGUUGCAUGACAAUGAUUUGACUGACUUGACCAAUGAAACUUACGGAACAGCAGGGCGCUUCAAGAAUGUCUCACUCUCCAAAGCAGCACAGACUCACCGAUUGCGGAAACUCAGGGCACCAAACAAAUGCCGAGAGUGUGACAGCCUCAUUGUGGUGAAUGGCGCCGAGUGUGAGGAGUGCUACCUGGCAUGUCACAGGAAGUGCCUUGAGUCAGUUGCCAUCAUCUGUGGGCAUCGGAAGCUGCAGAACAAGGUCUCUCUGUUUGGCGUUGACUUUGCACAGGCUCCGAGGGAGACGGCUGACGAGGUCCCCUUCAUCAUCAGAAAAUGCACGACGGAGAUAGAGAGCCGGGCACUGUGUAUACAGGGGCUGUACCGGGUGAAUGGUUCAAGGUUACGCAUCUCCAAACUACGCCAGUCCUUUGAAAAUGGAAGGGACCUCAUUGACAUGUCUGAGAACUCCCCUCAUGACAUCACCAACGUCUUAACUCUGUACCUUCGUGAGCUCCCUGAGCCAAUUGUUCUCUUCAGCCUCUACAAAGACUUUAUGAACUUUGCCAAAGAGUUACACCAGGCCUGUGAAGAUCUGAAGGACAGCCAGGCCAAAGGAAUGCCCAUGGCAAAUAAUAAAUUGCCACAGCUCAUCCAGCAGGCCAAGGCCUUGAUGCAGAAUCUACCAGCUUCCAACUACAAUGCCCUGGAACACAUCCUUGGGCAUCUCCACAGAGUGGCAGAUCGAUGCGAAGAAAACAAGAUGUCAUCUACCAAUCUGGGAAUAAUCUUUGGCCCCACUCUGAUUAGGCCUCCAGCUCUGGAGGAUACGGCUUCAAUGAUUUCUCUGGCUAACUCUGGGUACCAAGCUCAAGUUGUAGAUUUCCUCAUCACGCAGUACAAUCAGAUCUUUGAGACUGGACAAGGCGUCAAAUCUUGGCCAUUGGAAAUGAUGGUAAACCGAGAUAGAGAGGCCCUGGGCACGGCAAAGGGUCGAAGCAAUUCCUCAGAGUGUCUAGCUUUGAAACGACAUUCGAGUGAAGGAUAUGUUUCGGACAAAUCCUCAUCAAACGAAGCACUCGAUGACACACGGGAACAACGGAGAGCGAGUUCUAGCAGUGACAUUACAGCUGCAGGCCUGGCAGAUGCAUCGAGGCCAGCUUCGGAGGACUCGCACUCCCUGGACGGGCAGGACUGGGAAAGUGACAGCAGCGCCGAGCCCCUUCCGCGCUGCGCCUUCAGCCGGCAGCCCGGCAAAUACCAGCGGUACGGGCAGGCCAAAACCCGGCCCAUCAUCCCCAAGCCUUCGGCGCUCCCCAUCAUCACGGCGAACCUGCCCUCGGCGCCGUCGGAAGAGGAGAGUCCCGGGCUUGCCGAUGGCGCAGCAGCAGCAGCAGCAGGAGGAGCGGCGGCGACGGCGACAACGCCGGACGGGGAGAGGAGAGCGGCGGCCGGCUCUAGCCGGAGUUCGUCGCCGGACGGCGGCACUUUGCGGCGCUCGGGCGGCAAGCACAAGCGGUUCGAGAUGACCGUCGGCACGGCCAGGCUGGUGUCGAAGCUGCAAGACAGGAGGCGGCUGGAGAGCGGCGAGGCCGUGUCGCCUCAGGUCGGGAGCGGGGCCGCCUCCGCCAUUGCCGCCGCCGCCGCUGCUGCUGCCCCACCGGCUUGCGCUGAAGGGGAGACGGCCGGCAAGGCCGCGCGGGAGCAGCCGGGGGACCUGGAAACCGAGCGGCACGUGGCGGUGGCGGUGGCGGCGGCAGCAGCGAGCGACGACGCGGACCGGCCGGGGGGCCUGGAAACGGGGCGGGAGCAGCGCGCAGCGACCGCUGAACUGAACACAAACCAAUCAAACAACGCGUGGAGCGAGCACGUGCUCGGGCAGCACGAGGAACGGCGGGACGUGGACAGGAUGCUGCACCUUAUGCGUCAGCGGCAGAACCUCAAGAAGACAGAGGCUCACUUUGUGUGAAAGCGCGGCGGGGUGCGAACACCAAUCAGUCGCCUGCUCUCACCGCGGUAACCUAGCAACCACAAGAGACGUUGGGAUGGCGCGAGAAAAGAACGUGGAGAAAGGUUGCUCGGCACUCGGCAACACCAACUUGCAUUUAUAUAGCGCCUUCAAUAUAGGAGAACGCCCAAAGGCACAAGCCCGGGUUGCUAAAGUAUAUUUUCCAAACAGAUUUCAAUCCUGAAAGACUCUCUGGUGCAAUGUUUUCCAUCCUAUACCUCAAGCUUAUUUUUAUAUAUAUAUAUUGCAUUAUAAAUUUCAAAAAAGGUUUAAAGUCUUUUGUUAACAUUCA